UUCUGUCAGUCACGUCGGUCGCCAAGAUUUCGCAGCGCAGAUCGCCGACAAAUGCGAGAACUCGGAACGUAUCGAUACGCCGUGAGUGCCAUCUUCGACGUAGCUCCCGACCUAUGGGCAUGCGCGUAUGAAGAGAGCACAAAGAAGCAAUGGUUGCUUGCACCGAGUGGACGCGAUGAAGUCCAGCUUCAACCUGCUGUGCAGACCGAUACCUUGGCUGAGCGACAGGACAGCGAUAUUUCGACAAUUAGGCCCACUGCGGGUCGCUUCCACACUGCACUUACAGCAGAAAACACGUAUGAUGUGGCACUGGGCUAUUCGAACGGGGACGUGUGCGUGUACAACCGUUCUGGCGGUGUGCUCUUCGCGUUGCAGUGCCACCACGGCGCCGUGGCCCGACUCGAAUGGAAUUUCCAUUCUGCCAAGCCAAACACUCGCGAAUUGUACGUGCUGUUCGUCGACAUGACGUUGGUGGUGAUCGAAUGGGAACUUGUGGACUCGAUGGCACCGAAACGAUACUGGCGAAAAUACAGUCUCAACGGCCAACGCGACAUCAUCGGCAUGCUUCCUUGCGCGGUCACCCGUCCGGCGUCUCUCUUCCAGUCACAACCCCGGGCGGGUCUCCAGACAUUUAUGGCUGUUGGGUGUGACCCCGUUGUCGGGUUCUACCACGCUGGUCACGAAGGCACGUCGUUGUUCCGAAUUGCGCAUCUAGCCAGCGCCGUGGCGACGCGCGCCGCCGGUGCUGUUUGGUCGCUGGCGAAGAAUUGGGGAUGGCCUCAAGACAAAGUCAACGAUACGGUCGACGCCGUCCCGUCCGAUUUAGGUAUUCAUGUGGCAUUGGGAAUGCCAGACAGUCAUCGCCGCCGCGCACGGGACCUCAAUGUGUCCCCGAACGGAAAGUUGGCCCUUGUCCCGGACACGUUGGGUCGCAUAUUUCUCAUUGACACAACGUCGAUGCUAGUUAUUCGGCUCUGGAAGGGAUAUCGCGAUGCCCAGUGCGGCUGGAUGACACACAACGACGGUCUGUACAUGGUAUUCUACUCGGCGAGGCGAGGUCUUGUCGAAGUUUGGCGAGCUCGCCACGGCCCGCGGGUGCUGUGUUUGCCGCUAGGGGCACACGCCAAACUGAAGCUGUGCACGUGUCUGCCGCAAGGCCCCGAUGACGUAGUGAAAUGCGUCUUCGUGUGGGAACAAUCCAGCGGCGAGAGUGCUGUGUACCAAGUGGAGCUCGACGCGAACAGCAUCACGACAGAAGUCCAGUACAAGUCAAGAGCCAAGGGGGAGCACGAGUCGUACAUCGUGCAUCAGUUGAUCGAUGGGAUCGAGAAAUGUUUGACCAAGCCAAGCUUGACGGCGACUGUCCUCGACCAGAUGAAGAGCCUCAAGACGAUCGAAGGAGUUGAAUCGGUGGUCGAAACUCUGCAUGAGCAAAAGAUGGGAGCACUUCACGCGUCCUUCCAUCGAGAUACUCUCACGAUCCUGCUCGAGGUCGCAAGGCAAGGGAGGGAGUGGGGAGAGACCCAGGCGAACUUUGCGGAUUUGCUCUUUCUGUUCAACCUCGAAUGGAAAUUGCGCCUAGCUCAGGGGUUUGUCGACCUCGAACAGGAAGUGACGACCAAGCCGUUUUCGCCCGCUUUGUUCGACGACGAGGACGAGGUCUUCACUCGCAUGACGAAGUGGCGCAGUAUCUACGGCUUCCAGGCCACCGCGAAGCAACCAACGCCUCUCAACUGCUUGCAAUUUAUCGACUGCUUUGCAGCACCUUGGGCGGACGCAGUGAACCCAGAGCUGGAAUUGUCGUUGGCUCACAUCCUGCACAAAACCCAGCGCAAAGAUUUGGCAUUCGACGAAUGUGUCGCCCAACUCUACGCUGUCUUCAAGUCGCCGAUACUACGACCGCCUCGAAGCCCUUCCACACACGCUUCGUUUGUGUCGUUCCUGUUUGCCCCACUACAUGGCGCUGUGUUUUCGGUGCAGCACGUGCAAGCGAUUCACAGGAGGCUUUUGCUCGAUCAAGACACCGAACAGUACACACAUUUAUUCCUCGAGUGGUAUUUCGCACUCACGGAAGACGAAGUGCUUGGAAUGACGUCAACGAACGCCAGCUCGUGUCUUCAACGGUGGCUGCAGCCAUGGCUUCAGUCGUGCUCAUUUCCGCAUUCGAUUGACGAAACUUCGUUCACCCUGCCAGCGCUGUCCACAAAUCUGUGUGUGAUUUUUGACCAGUGUCGAAGCACGCCUCUGCUCCUUCACGCAUUUGUUUUGUGCCAUCACGUUGCCCACGGGCUGACUCACCACGCAAAUGCUGUGCAAGACAGCACGUUGGGUCAAGUGAGUGCUGUUGGCGCGGGACUGCGCUGGCGCGUCCUGCAGCAGUGUCUGAGUCAAUGCCUCUAUUUUACCUGUCUGCUCAAAGUGCCCGGCAAGCUACACGUGAAUGCGAUCGAAUCGCUGGAUGAGCUCAUGAAGUUUGUCGCGAUUGUUCACUUGAAUACUCCCAAGGACAGCACGGAUGCCCCCGUGAUCCCGUACGACAUCGAGGAUGCUUGGAUCGCGGCUUGGACUGCGUCCACCAAGUCCCACGCUGUCAUGUCUAUCUUGUCGUCGUUUCACCAGCUCGAUCACCCAGACUCGCUGUCUGCAUUUCGCACCUUGAUGCUGUGCACGGCAUGGAACAACGACCGAUCCCGCAUGUCGUUCUUGGCCCUCGCUCUUCAGGAACUGGACCACCUCGACGGCGACGACGCCCUGAAGCAAGCGAUUCUUGUCCUGAUGUGGGACUCGUACAUUCGAGCGCAAAUCAAGUCGAUAUUGGACUAUUGGAUUCAAGUGAGCACUGGCAAGCGAUCCAACAAAGCCCUCGAUCCCAUAAUUGCUCGAGAAUUCCUCGUCCUUGUCCACCAACUGCUCGACGUCCUUUCCGACACGAUCAAGCGUCCUGUCCUUGAGGUUUCCAAAUCCCGCACGAUGCUUUCCCAGCACGACCAUGACGGCAACUGCGUCGCCACAACGGUCUUCAACUCGGAUGAUCCGCUCGAUGUUGGCCAGUUGCUCACCCCUGUUGUGUGGACUGGCACCCCCAACGACGUGCUAAACAUGUACAGAACCCACUGGCCAUCAUCCCCAAUUCACUCGUCGCUCAUGAAACAACUCGCACAUCCCACGUCGACCCCGACCCAAGCCUCUGUGGACACACACCGCCAGGUUGUGUCCGUCUUAAUCGCGUUCACCAGCUAUUCCGAGACAAUCGUCCCUCUACCGUCCUUGUUUGACGUGUCGAGUUUGUGCAAGGUUCCGAGCUUCAACGAGGAUGCUGGAACACCCUCGACAGCACACGGUGAAGCUCGCUUUCAGUUCACGAUGGCUCUAUUGCGAUACGACAUCGCGAUGGGCAUGGCAGUCGCCGCAUCGCUGCACUUGCCGCUCGAUCAAAUCAAACAAGACCAUGCCGUGUGGCUGUACCAAGCGGGGAAGGAUGCCCUGGCGGAAGAAGUGUUGGACAAAGUCCUGAUUGAUCCGGCGGUCGUGACACGGAUGGGUCGCGUCGCCAGGUCGCGGCUUGCCCUGAUCCUUUCGAGAAUGCAAUCCAGGUCCGAGUAUGCCGUUCUCAUGAGUCAGCUUCCGGCAGACUCGUGCGCAUGGAUCCGUUCGUCGGAAGCGCCGCUGGGACCAGGUACACAAAUCCGUGCGACUCGACCAUGGGUGUGUCAUGUUGUUGUCGCGAGAGUAGACCCUCACGUGGCGCUGUUGGACACUGCACCAUCGCUGGCCGCCACCAACGCGUUGCUACAUCAAUGCGUGCAAUGGAUGCCACCGGCGAGCAGCGAGCACAAAAAGAGUCUGGCGAUGAUUGCUGUCGUCCAGCUCUUGCUGAGCCAGCUCAAGUCGUCCGAUGGGGUGGUGCCGACGUCUCGUCGAAAGGAAUGAAGUUGUAGUGCAAACGUAUUAACUUGCCAGACAAAAUUUCGACACGUGUGUUGGAUUAAUGUAUGUAGAACGAUUCGUUGUGGA